AUGUCAGCAACCUCGGAAAAAUUUCAUUUCGUUUUUAGCCAUGAACUUGAAGAACAAAUUCAAAUCAAAAUCUCUUCAAUCGAUGGCGAUCGAACGCAACCACAGCAACAGCAGCAACAAUCACCAGUACAACCUACAAACGAUAUCUUUUUUUCCAAUAAUCCAUCAUUUAUACGAAAUUUAAGUGAUGUGAAACGUAGUGAACCUUACGUUCUGUGCCAAGUCUUCUCCGAUGGGCAAUCACUAUGCAUACCAGUUCAAACCUCCUAUAAAUCAUUCACUGAUAAAUGGAAUUGGAAUGAAUGGUUAACAUUACCAUUGAGAUAUUGUGAUUUACCGCGUCAUGCAAUACUCGCAUUAUCAAUUCAUGAAAUUAUUUCUCCUACACAAGUUCGCAUUAUCGGUAGUACAACUAUUUCGUUAUUUGAUUCGGAAGGAGUUUUUCGACAAGGAAUUUAUGAUUUAAAAGUGUGGCCGAACGUUCUUCCGGACGUGAGAUUAAAAUCGUCAACACCUGGUAAAAUCGAACAAACAUCAAAUGAUGAACAAAUACUCAGCAAUCAUACAAAUCAAACAAUAAAGCCAGUCUCAUCAGCACCAGUGAUAGCCACAGCUAAUCUACAAUACAAUCGAAAACAGAUCACAUCUAAACCUUUGAAUAUCACCUGGAAUGAUGACAGUGCAUAUCCAAUGUUAGACGAAUUAAGUCGAAUAGCAAAGUUAAUUAAAACUCAAUGUGAUGGCCAUACUAUCAACCAGGAUUGGCUUGAUCAAUUAGCACUAGCGAAAGCACGAACGUGUCUCGAUAAAGAACGUUCAACCUCGAAAUCGAUGUUGUUAUUAAUUGAAUUUGCACGAACGACAAUCGAAGAUAAUGAAUGCAUUGCACUUUAUUUUGAACCGAAAUGUGACGAUGUAUUGAAUUAUCCUAUUGGUUACACAGAUCUCGCUGUUUAUGAUCCUGAAAUCGAUCUCGAGAAUAUCGUGGAGAGUAAACAUUUAAAAUUAUCUCGAAGUGCUCGAAAAGCAUUGGACAAAGACUUAAAACCAAAUUUGGAACAACGUGAUAAACUUAUGCAAAUCUUAGCCUAUCCUCCGGGAUAUUAUCUGUCCAUCGAAGAGCAAGAUCUAGUAUGGAAAUAUCGCUUUUUUCUCUCACAAUAUAAAAAAGCACUCGCUAAAUUUCUCCAAUGUGUACAUUGGGAUAAAGGCGAAGAAGUAAAACAAGCACUUGAUCUUUUGCAACAAUGGGUUACCAUGGAUACCGAAGAUGCACUCGAACUACUGGGACCAACAUAUCAUGAUCCAAAAGUUCGUUCCUAUGCUGUUGCAAGAUUACGACAAGCAUCUGAUGAAGAUCUUCUCUUAUACUUGCUGCAAUUAGUACAAGCUCUUCGAUACGAACGAUAUGAUUUGAUUAAUGCAAGUGUUAUCGAUUCGAUUCCAGAAGAACAAUCGAGUGUGUCAAAUGGGCUUUAUGAAAACUUUGCCUCGGCCAUAGGACAAUCGGAUUCUACCUCUAGUGAAUCAAGCAAAUCAUCAUUACCUGAAGUUGAUUUGUCGACAUUUCUCAUUCAACGUGCAUGUGAAAAACCUGUCGUAGCAAAUUAUUUAUUUUGGUAUGCAUACGUUGAAUGUGAAAACAAUAGUUCAUCAAAAGACAAAACUACCAGUGAAAUGUAUCAAGCAUUUGUUAAUCGACUCCUCUUAACCCUGAAAACCAAAAAUGAACAAACCCAACAAGUUCGUCUUUCAAUUGAAGCACAAAAGAAAUUUGUCGAUAAACUCGUGGAAUUAACGAACAUUGUCAAACGUGUUCAAGGUUCAGCAAAAGUCAAAGAAGAAAAAUUACGUCAUUUGUUAUUAGCUGGCGAUGAAUCGCCAGUGAAGUUUAAUUUUCUGAAUUUUGAUCCUAUUCCUCUACCACUUGAUCCUGAAGUCCAAAUUCGUGGAAUCAAUCCUGAUAAAAUUAAAAUAUUCAAAAGUGCGAAAUUGCCAUUUCUAUUCGUAUGUAAAACGACAAAUGACGAAGAAUACCCAAUUAUUUUCAAAAAUGGAGAUGACCUUCGACAAGAUCAACUAAUUCUGCAAAUCAUCAUGUUGAUGGAUCGAAUUCUUCGGAAAGAAAACAUUGACUUGAAAUUAACACCUUACAAAGUCUUGUCGACAAGUUUGAAAUAUGGUAACUAUCAAAAAGAAAAUGAUGAUGCGAUACUAAUUUAUGUAUUCGAAGGUUUCGUGCAAUUUAUUGAUUCUCAAUCGUUACGAAGAGUACUCGAACGUAGUCGUACUAUUCGUCAAUAUCUCCAAAGUAAAGCAAUAAUUGCGAAUAGCGAAGAUGUAACUCUCAACGAUAUCGGAAUUCCUCACGAAGUUCUCGAUGCUUAUGUUAAAAGUUGCGCUGGAUACUGUGUUGUUAUGUACCUGUUAGGUGUCGGUGAUCGACAUCUUGAUAAUUUGUUAUUACGUGAUUCGGGUCAAUUGUUUCAUAUUGAUUUUGGUUUUAUUAUGGGCCGAGAUCCGAAACCAUUACCCCAAGCGAUGCGUGUUUCGAAAGAUAUGAUGGAAAUGCUGGAUGAUAAACGCUUUCUUGAUUUUCUACGGCAUUGUUUUACUGCAUUUAUUAUUCUUCGAAAACAUGCAAAUGUAUUUGCAAAUUUAUUUUCUUUGAUGCUCGAUGCAAAUAUUCCUGACAUCGCUUUAGAACGUGAUAAAACAGUUAAAAAAUUACUCGAUAAAUUUCGUUUGGAUCUCGAUGAUGAAAAAGCAAUUAGUUAUUUAAAAGAUUUGAUUGAUUCAAGUAUUGGCGCUAUUGUCCCUCAAGUCUAUGACUAUUUUCAUAAUUUGUUACUCGCUUUUCGAUGA